CCGCCGUCAGGUCACAGAAAAAGUUCCACACUGCUAGGGCAGCUUGCUGAGCAGUGUGGACUAAAUUCUUGGAUUUUGACUGACUACUUUUCUUAAUUUAAAGUACUUUUGGGCGCCUUUAACGCUUUAUUUUGCUGGCUAAUAAUCACCAUCACAACAAUCUGACUUUGUUUCAAGUUACAGCCAUUUUCAAGGAAGAUUUUUGCUCGUGCGUCUUUAUUAGCAGCCGCUGUGUUUCACGUGGACAAGCAUCGCGGUAGUGAGCGCAUCGAUCCUACAGACAAAAAAGCGUGGUAUUGCUUCACAUAAUCGACUCGAAGACUGCAUUUUGGCUGUAUAAAUAAAACACACAACAUUUCUUGUAAGAAUGGCAACUCUUAUUUUAGAAGAUGGGACCCGUUUUAAGGGCCGCCUUUUUGGGGCAAAUACGUCAGUAUCUGGUGAAGUUGUGUUCCAGACCGGUAUGGUGGGCUACCCAGAGGCCCUGACUGACCCUUCCUACAGGUGUCAGAUCCUCACCCUAACCUACCCUCUGCAGGGCAAUUAUGGCAUACCCCAUGAUGAGGAGGGGGAAUUUGGACUCAGCAAGUGGUUUGAGUCUUCUAAGAUCCAUGCUGCAGCACUUGUUGUAGGAGAGGUCUCCCAGAAUCCCAGUCAUUGGAGCUCAGCAAUGUCCCUGGACCAGUGGCUUAAAGAGCAGGGCAUCCCUGGCCUAGAGGGAGUUGACACCCGCCGUCUCACCAAGAAGAUCCGUGAAAAGGGAACAAUGCUGGGGAAGCUGGUUGUGGAUGGAACACCUGAAGCCGAAGUUCCGUUCGACAACCCUGACCAGAGGAACCUGGUCACAGAGGUGUCCAUGAAGGAGCCUCGGGUUUUCAACCCAAGCGGUACCAUCAGGAUCACAGCGAUAGACUGCGGCAUCAAACACAACCAGAUCCGCUGUCUGUGUCAGAGAGGGGCCCGUGUCACUGUGGUGCCCUGGGAUCACCCGUUAGACAUCUCUGAUUUUGACGGGCUGUUCAUCAGCAACGGCCCUGGGGACCCCCGGUUUUGUAAAGCGACGAUCGAGAAUGUGAAGAAGUUGGUGUGUGUCGACAACCCCAAGCCUGUGUUUGGUAUCUGCCUGGGCCACCAGCUCCUGUCCCUUGUCAUCGGAGCCGAAAUCUACAAAAUGAAGUAUGGUAACCGUGGCCAUAACCAGCCCUGCAUCCACAAGGGCACCGAUCGCUGUUUCAUCACGUCUCAGAAUCACGGCUUUGCUGUGGACCCUGAAACCCUACCUCAGGACUGGGAUGUGCUGUUCACCAACGCCAACGACCACUCUAGUGAGGGGAUUGUGCAUAACACCAAACAGCUGUUCAGUGUCCAGUUCCAUCCCGAGCACAUGGCAGGCCCCACUGACCUGGUCAGCCUGUUUGAUGUGUUUCUGGACACGGUCAGAGAUCACAAGGAGGGCAUCGGGGGGAAACCAGUGAAGCAGAGGCUGUCCGAGCACCUGACCUACCCUGGAUCUCUCAAAAUGAAAGAGUUUGUUCGACCACGCAAGGUCCUGAUCCUGGGCUCUGGAGGCCUCUCCAUCGGACAAGCCGGGGAGUUUGACUAUUCCGGCUCUCAGGCUAUAAAAGCGUUGAAGGAGGAGAACAUUCAAACUGUGCUCAUCAACCCCAACAUUGCCACUGUCCAGACCUCGAAGGGCCUGGCCGACAAGGUUUACUUCCUGCCCAUCACCCCGGAGUACGUCACUCAGGUGAUAAAGAAUGAGCGUCCUGAUGGGGUCCUCCUGUCCUUUGGGGGGCAGACUGCUCUAAACUGUGGGGUGGAGCUGACCAAAAGGGGCAUUCUGAAAAAGUAUUCAGUGAGCGUGCUGGGGACGCCAGUGGCCUCCAUCGAGAUGACAGAGGACAGGAAGAUAUUUGUGGAAAAGAUGGAGGAGAUCAAUGAGCAUGUGGCACCUAGCGAGGCCGCUCUGUCUGUGGAGCAGGCCCUCGCGGCCGCAGAGCGUCUUGGCUACCCUGUCAUGGUACGCUCUGCCUUUGCGCUGGGCGGACUGGGCUCAGGCUUCGCCAACAACAAGGAGGAGCUGACGUCCCUGGUGACCUCUGCCUUUGCCCACACCACCCAGGUCCUAGUAGACAAGUCCCUGAAGGGCUGGAAGGAGAUUGAGUAUGAGGUGGUCCGAGACUCAUACGAUAACUGUAUUACUGUAUGUAACAUGGAGAACAUUGACCCACUAGGUAUCCACACUGGAGAGUCCAUUGUGGUGGCGCCCAGUCAGACGCUCAAUGACUAUGAGUACAACAUGCUGAGGAACACCGCCAUCAAGGUCAUCAGACACCUGGGCAUCGUGGGAGAGUGUAACAUUCAGUACGCCCUCAACCCUGAGUCUGAACAGUAUUACAUCAUCGAGGUGAAUGCCCGUCUGUCUCGGAGCUCGGCUCUGGCCAGCAAAGCUACUGGAUAUCCCCUAGCCUAUGUGGCAGCAAAGCUAGGACUGGGCAUCCCUCUACCUGUUCUCAAGAAUUCGGUGACCAACCAGACCACGGCUAACUUUGAGCCCAGUCUUGAUUAUUGUGUGGUGAAAGUCCCUCGAUGGGAUCUCAGCAAGUUCCUCCGUGUCAGCACCAAGAUAGGAAGCUCAAUGAAGAGUGUUGGGGAGGUGAUGGCCAUCGGCCGCAGCUUUGAGGAGGCAUUCCAGAAGGCUCUGCGGAUGGUAGAUGAGAACUGUGUGGGCUUUGACCACACCAUCAAACCAGUGUCUGAUGAGGAGCUACAGACCCCGACAGACAAGCGAAUCUUUGUGCUGGCGGCCGCUUUAAAGGCGGGCUACACAGUGGACCGUCUGUAUGACCUAACCAAGAUCGACCGCUGGUUCCUUCACAAGAUGAAGAACAUCACAGACCACGAGAAGGUGCUGGAGUUGUACAACCAAGAUGAGAGCACCAUGCCUCCAGAGGUGAUGAGGAAAGCCAAGCAGCUGGGUUUCUCAGACAAACAGAUUGCCCUGGCUGUGCAGAGCACGGAGCUAGCUGUGAGGAAGCUGCGUCAGGACUGGAGCAUCCUGCCGGUGGUGAAGCAGAUUGACACAGUGGCGGCCGAGUGGCCGGCCCACACCAACUACCUGUACCUGACCUAUAACGGCACCGAGAGCGACCUGGCCUUCCAAGAGCCCCAUGUCAUGGUGAUUGGCUCCGGAGUCUACCGGAUCGGCAGCAGCGUGGAAUUCGACUGGUGUGCCGUGGGCUGCAUCAUGGAACUCCGGAAGAUGGGCUAUAAAACCAUCAUGGUGAACUACAACCCGGAAACCGUCAGCACAGACUACGACAUGUGCGACCGCCUCUACUUCGAUGAGAUCUCCUUCGAGGUCGUCAUGGACAUCUAUGAGAUGGAGAAUCCAGAGGGAGUGGUCCUGUCUAUGGGUGGUCAGCUCCCCAACAACAUCGCCAUGUCCCUGCACAGGCAGCAGUGUCGCAUACUGGGAACUUCCCCGGAGUUCAUUGACUCUGCUGAGAACCGCUUCAAGUUCUCCCGCAUGUUGGACACCAUUGGAAUCAGCCAGCCCCUCUGGAAGGAGCUCACAGACAUCGAGUCAGCUAUGAAGUUCUGCGAGACCGUGGGUUACCCGUGUCUGGUGCGUCCUUCCUACGUGCUGAGCGGCGCAGCCAUGAACGUGGCGUACACCGACAGCGACCUGGAGAAGUACCUGGGCAGCGCCGUGGCCGUGUCCAAGGAAUAUCCUGUCGUCAUCUCCAAGUUCAUCCAGGAGGCUAAGGAGAUCGAUGUGGACGCGGUGGCGUGUGACGGCGUGGUGACCGCUAUUGCCGUGUCGGAGCACGUGGAGAAUGCUGGGGUACAUUCCGGGGACGCCACCCUGGUCACGCCCCCUCAGGAUAUCAAUCAGAAGACCAUGGAGCGCAUCAAGAUGAUCGUCCAUGACAUAGGGCAAGAGCUGCAGGUGACCGGGCCCUUCAACUUGCAACUCAUUGCUAAGGACGACCAGCUGAAGGUGAUUGAGUGCAAUGUCAGAGUGUCCCGCUCCUUCCCGUUCGUUUCCAAGACACUGGGAGUGGAUCUGGUUGCCUUGGCAACACAUGCCAUCAUGGGAGAGGAAGUGGAACCCGUGGGCCUGAUGAAAGGAGUAGGCAUUGUGGGCGUCAAGGUCCCUCAGUUCUCCUUCUCUCGUCUGGCCGGGGCUGAUGUGGUUCUGGGGGUGGAGAUGACCAGCACCGGGGAGGUAGCCUGCUUUGGAGAGAACAGAUAUGAAGCCUAUCUUAAAGCCAUGAUCAGCACAGGCUUCAAAAUCCCCAACAAGAACAUUCUGCUUUCCAUUGGCAGUUAUAAGAACAAGAGUGAGCUGCUGCCCACGGUUCAGGCACUGGAGAGUCUGGGAUAUGACCUGUAUGCCAGCCUGGGGACCGCUGACUUCUACACUGAACAUGGAGUCAAGGUGAUGGCGGUAGACUGGCCAUUCGAGGAGGAGGAGGGCGACUGCCCCAACAAGGACAAGCAGAGGAACAUCCUGGAGUAUCUUGAGGACCAUCACUUUGACAUGGUCAUCAACCUCUCCAUGAGGAACUCUGGAGGCCGACGUCUCUCCUCAUUUGUCACCAAGGGUUACCGAACCCGGCGCAUGGCCAUCGACUACUCCGUCCCCCUCAUCAUUGACAUCAAGUGCACCAAGCUGUUUGUCCAGGCACUGCGUCUCGUCGGAGGCUUUCCGCCUGUCAAGACUCACGUGGACUGUAUGACGUCACAGAAGUUGAUUCGACUGCCUGGUCUGAUCGAUGUGCACGUCCACCUGCGCGAGCCAGGUGCCACCCACAAGGAGGACUUUUCCUCGGGCACGGCAGCUGCCCUCGCAGGGGGGAUUACCAUGGUAUGUGCCAUGCCCAACACCGCACCCGCCAUCGUGGACCCCAACUCCUUCGCCCUGGUCCAGAAGCUUGCCAAGGCAGGGUGUCGCUGUGACUAUGCCCUCUAUGUCGGGGCAGCUUCCGACAACGCCGCCAUCUUGCUCUCCAUCGCUAACUCUGCCGCAGGGCUGAAGAUGUAUCUGAACGACACCUACUCAACUCUUAAGAUGGACAAUGUCUCACUUUGGAUGGAGCACUUUGAGAAGUGGCCAAAGCACCUGCCAAUCGUGGCUCAUGCAGAGAAGCAGACUGUGGCGGCCAUCUUGAUGGUGGCCCAGCUGUACCAGAGAGCGGUUCAUAUCUGCCACGUGGCCAGGAAGGAGGAGAUCCUAAUCAUCCGUGCUGCCAAGCAGAAGGGUAUCCUGGUGACAUGCGAGGUGGCACCCCACCACCUCUUCCUUUGUGAUGAGAAUGUGGCGGGCAUCGGGGACGGCCGGGCGCAGGUACGCCCCAUGCUGGGUACCCGGGAGGACAUGGAGGCCCUCUGGGAACACCUGGACGUCAUCGACUGUUUCGCCACGGACCAUGCCCCCCAUUCAGUGGAGGAGAAGAACUCUGAGAAGCCCCCACCUGGCUACCCGGGCCUGGAGACCAUGCUGCCCCUCCUCCUCACGGCGGUCAGCGAUGGGCGCCUCACCAUUGAUGACAUCAUCAAGCGCCUGUACGACAACCCUCGCAAGAUCUUCUCCCUGCCUGCACAGGACAACACAUACGUAGAGGUGGACCUGGAGCAAGAGUGGGUCAUCCCGAAACACACGCAGUUCACCAAGUCCAAGUGGACGCCCUUCGAAGGGAUGAAGGUGAAGGGCAUGGUCCGCAGGGUGGUCCUCCGAGGCGAGGUGGCCUACAUCGACGGACAGGUGCUGGUUUCUCCUGGGUAUGGUCAAGAUGUGAAGAGUUGGCCUGCGCCCGUCCCAGUACUCCAGCCCCCUGAGUCUGUGAGGGAAAGCCCACAGACCCCAGACCAUGCCAGACCAGCCUCUCAAAGCGAGAGCUUCCGUUCCCGCCCCCAGAGCCCUCGUCGUGUGGUUGGGGAUGGCCGCUACAUGCUCCCGCCCCGUGUUCAUCGGUCCUCUGACCCAGGCCUUCCCUUAGCUGAAGAUUCAAGGGAAAUAACAUUAAGAAGAACAUUUGAAGAAACUUUAAUUGAAGAGAUGGUUUCUGCGGCUGGGGACAGCUACAUCCACCCCCCUCCCCUGGCCAGGAUUCUUUCCCCCAGGGCUGAGGCCGGGUUAGGGAUGGUGGCAGGGCAGCCCCAGACCCUGGCCCACCUCCAGACCUCCCCCCUGCUGCACCCCCUGGUGGGGCAGCACGUCCUUUCUGUCCGACAGUUCAGCAAGGAGCAGAUCUCUCACUUGUUUAACGUGGCUCAUACUCUUCGUAUGAUGGUUCAGAAAGAAAGAAGCUUGGACCUCCUGAAGGGUAAGGUGAUGGCGUCCAUGUUCUAUGAGGUCAGCACGCGUACCAGCAGCUCAUUUGCGGCGGCCAUGCAGCGUCUGGGUGGAUCGGUGGUCCAUUUCUGCGAGGCCACCUCGUCGUCGCAGAAGGGCGAGUCACUGGCGGACUCGGUCCAGACCAUGAGCUGCUAUGCUGACGUCCUGGUGCUGCGCCACCCCAUGCCCGGCGCUGUCGAGACUGCAGCAAGACAUUGCCGGAAGCCAGUGAUCAACGCUGGGGAUGGGGUCGGGGAGCACCCUACCCAAGCCCUGCUGGACGUGUUCACCAUCCGAGAGGAGCUGGGCACGGUCAACGGCAUGACUAUUACCAUGGUGGGGGACCUGAAGCACGGCCGCACGGUUCAUUCCCUGGCCAGGCUGCUUACCCAGUACCGGAUCACUCUUCGCUACGUUGCCCCAAAGAACCUGCACAUGCCCAACGAGAUCAUCGACUUUGUAGCCUCCAAAGGCAUCAAGCAGGAGGAGUUUGAGAGCAUUGAGGAGGCCCUUCCUGACACUGAUGUGCUCUACAUGACCAGGAUCCAGAAGGAGAGGUUUGCCUCAGAGGAAGAGUACAAUGCGUGCUUUGGUCAGUUUAUCCUCACCCCACACAUCAUGACUGGAGCCAAGAGGAAGAUGGUGGUGAUGCAUCCUCUACCUAGAGUCAAUGAGAUCAGUGUGGAGGUGGACACGGAUCCUCGCGCUGCUUAUUUCCGGCAGGCAGAGAACGGCAUGUACAUCCGCAUGGCCCUGCUGGCCACCGUGAUGGGCAGGUGAAAGGUCAAAGGAGGACUAACUCCACAGUUGGGAGUGCAAUGUUUGAAAAAAAAAACUGACAAUGUUUAUUUGAUGUUAAAUGAUUUCUGAACCUAAAAAUAGUAUAUUGGCCAAGGGAAGCUAUAAUACAGGAUCUGCUUUUCUUUGAACAGCCAUUGCAAACAUUGUUGAUCUUUACCUAGUGCUAGCUAAAACCUGGGGUAAUGGGGCCAUGUUAACGUGUUGGUUCAUUUCCAAAUGACCCGUAAGUAAUAUCUAACAAUAUGGAGUUGAUUUAAUGGUAUUUAAUUUUAUUUGCUCACACCCUGAUUACUUCAUAGGUUUUUAGUUAGCGGUGGCUCAAGUGAUCUGAAAUUUGUUAUGGCUAUUUAAAGAAAUGGAAUUAUACAUUUCAGGGCGAAGAAUCCUCUAACAUCAACAUGAAAUAAAGUGAGACUACUCGUUUCGAUUAGUAAGAGAGAGCAGCAGCAGUUUAUGCCAACAGCAAUGAAACAGUUCUGGUUUAUGUGCAGUCAUGUUAAAUUUAUUAUUCUUGUAUCCUAGUAUUUCUCAACUUAUUCUAGGGCAGGUGAUCAGUUUCUCAACGGUUACUGAUGUCACUUGUGUGGUUUCUUAUAUUUUGACACAAUAACAUUUGCAUAAUACCAACGAUAUCAAUGUUAUUCAUGGAAUACUUAAUUUCUGUUUCUUUUGAGUGGUGGCUUCUUAAUGUGAUUAUUGUAUUGGGGAAAAGGGAUACCUGCUGGUGUAGAACCAUUGUAGAACUUUUAUGUGAGAGAAUUGUUACGCUGAUUGUUUUGUUGGACUCUGGGUAUUUUAUAAAUAAUUUAAUAAAAUGUCAACACUA